GUGUGCGGUGACACACACAAACAGAGAGAGAGGCGGGCUGCAGCAGCCAGCUGUUGGAAAGCAGCGCUCCCGAAUCAUCCGCAGCUUCUGCAUCAGCAACUAUUCCUGUUUGACUGGUCCUGAUCGAGUGGGUGAAACUAAGAAGUAAACAGAGAAAAAGAAGAUCGAGGAACAGGUGUCAGACUAAGAAGAGAAGAGAAAAUGGGAAGAAAGAAAAUACAAAUUUCUCGUAUUCUUGACCAGAGAAAUAGACAGGUGACCUUCACCAAACGUAAAUUUGGCCUGAUGAAGAAAGCUUACGAGCUGAGCGUGCUCUGUGACUGCGAGAUCGCUCUCAUCAUCUUCAACAGCACGAACCGUCUGUUCCAGUACGCCAGCACAGACAUGGAUAAAGUUCUGCUAAAAUACACCGAGUACAGCGAGCCACACGAGAGUCGCACCAACACGGACAUACUGGAGACCCUGCGUAGGAAAGGACUCGGACUUGAUGGCUCAGAGCUUGACAGUGAGGAGAGCAUGCAGGUGGCGACAGACAAGUAUCCUCUAAGUGAGGGCAUGGAUCUCUCUGUGGCUCGCCAGCGCUUCUAUGGUCCCUCUCUGCUCUCGCCAGAGGCACAGUUUCUCGUGUCUGCAGGUUGCGAGAAUGGUUUUCCCAAUUCGUCCGGAUCCAGCAUGGCCUCCCACAGACCCCCGAGCUUUAAAUCUCUAAACUCCAGAUCCAGCUCGGCCAAUCCUGCUGCACCCCACGCACACACUGCAUUCAUGUCUCCACACUCGGGUAUCGGCUACUCUGUGUUUUCCCAUGGCAACCUCAAUCGAGCUCUGGACAUGAAAAGCCCUCCUCCUCUGAACGUGGGCACUGAAAACCUGCGGGCAGAUGGUGCUAAUCAGGCCAUGGGGGCCACACGUGCUAACCACAACUCCGCUAGGGGUCUUUUAUACCAGGGCCUGCACAGCAGCAGCUCCAUGGUGGCUAUGGGGAAGGCAGGGCUGCUGAGUCACAGUUUGGGAGGAUAUGGUCUCCCCUCCCCUGGAGCCUCUGAGUACAGCCAGCCUGGUUUUUAUCACUCAGUCAGUUUACAACGAGGAACAGUAAACCCCUGGCAAGCGGCGCAGCCACCUCAGGAGCCUCAUGGGCCUCAUAUAAAUCCUGUAGGGUCCAGCGGGGGAUGCUCUUUCUCCUCUCAGUCCUGCACUCCAACCUCUCCGCAUCUGCCGUCCCUCAACCUCAGCAUCAAAUCGGAGCGUAGCUCUCCUGAGCACAUGGCCUCACCUACCUCCCCUCCUCUGCACCACCUCAGGCAGCAUUCUCCAAUGAGCAACCCCGAUUCAGCUCGUCAUACCCCUCCAGAUACCCAUCCAGCCAAUGGCACAAAAGAGUUUGCCAAAACCAGCUACCCACAAGACCAAGAGGAAGGAGGGCAGUCGCUCCGGCAGUUAGAGAUGAGCGACGGCUGGCAGAGAUAGCCAGCUGCUCCGCUCUACAACCCACUCUCAGUCAACAUCUGUCUUCAGACAAAACCAUAAAGGGUCGACGUAUGCCUCUCUUUGUCUCCUCAAACAGAGCUGGUCUCUCCUGGGCAGUGGAGAAUUCUUCUCUGCAUCACUUGCUUGAUCCCAUGAGGAGAUAGAUGCAUACAGACUUUUGCUUUUUGUUUGGUUAGGGUUAGUUUUCUGUGUGGAGCUAAUGUGAAUCAAAAGUACAAGUUGGAAAUGUGAUUGUUUUCUUGUGACUUUGUUGAAGUUGGCUACAGCAGCAGUGUGGGACCAACUGAAUUUCUCUGAAGUGCACAUAUGAAAAAAAAAAAAAACGUCCAUACAUAUUCAGCUUUCAAAGCCAAAAAAAAAAAAAAAAAAAUUAGGAGGUACUAAAAAAGUAGCUUGACUGGGGUUUUAUGUGAUAAGGUUACACAACAGGGCAUUUAAUUGGAUACAUUCUUAAAAUAAAAGUUUUUUUUAGUUAUCACAGUUUCCUUUUUCUCCUUUCAAAUGUGGAAAUACCUUCGUAAUGGAAUUUUAA